AUGCCGGGUGUCUCGGAAGUCAAGGAUGCCAAAUAUAUACAUGGCGCCUCAAAAGUAUGGACUGUAGACUCCAUGAACCAUCACGUCGUGAACGUCCAAUACGCUGUUCGUGGUGAAUUGGCAAUCAAAGCUGACCAGUUACGGCAGAAAUUGGCUGAGAACCCUGAAUCCCUACCUUUCAAACAUAUUACGAGUUGUAAUAUUGGAAACCCACAACAACUAGGUCAAAAACCAAUCACCUUCUUUCGACAAGUCACAUCGCUUUUAGAAUACCCAGACUUGUUAUCCGCUGAAAACGAACCUAUUGUCUCCAAACUAUAUCCAAAAGAUGCCUUGGAUCGAGCGAGAUCUCUAUUGGCUUCAAUUGAUGGUGGUGUAGGAGCAUACAGUCAUUCUCAAGGAAUACUCGCCAUCAGAAAAGAUAUCGCCAAGUUUAUCGAGGAACGUGAUGGUUUCCCAUCAAAUCCUGAUAAUAUCUUUUUGACAGCUGGAGCGAGUCCUGGAGUGCAACUGGUUUUGCAAUCCCUCAUCCAGAACAGCAAUGUUGGAAUUAUGAUUCCAAUCCCCCAAUAUCCUCUAUAUACUGCCAGUAUUGCACUUUAUGAUGGUACACCUGUUUCAUAUUACCUCGAUGAGUCUAAUGAAUGGAGUUUAUCGGUGGAAGAACUGAAUAGGUCGAUAACGGAAGCACGUGCCAAGAAGAUUGACGUUCGUGCUCUAUGUGUCAUCAAUCCUGGAAAUCCAACAGGUCAAUGUCUAAGUGAAGCCAACAUGAGAGACGUCAUCGUAUUUUGUCACAAGGAAAAAUUGGUCUUGCUGGCAGAUGAAGUUUAUCAAACGAAUGUGUAUACUUCAAAAGUCCCAUUCAAUUCAUUCAAGAAGGUUCUCACGAGCAUGGGACCAUCGUAUGAGGCACAAGAGCUGGUCUCAUUUCACAGCAUAUCGAAGGGUGUCAUUGGAGAAUGUGGCAGACGUGGUGGAUUCUUUGAGUGUGUUGGUAUUGAAAAGGAUGUGAGGGAUAUGCUAUACAAGAUUGCUUCAGUUUCGUUAUGUCCGCCUGUGUCUGGUCAAGUUUUGGUGGACCUGAUGGUGAACCCCCCGAAGAAGGGUGAUAUCUCGUAUCCUGUCUACGCUAAGGAAACUCAGGAGGUUUAUGACACUCUGAAAAGGAGGUCCAUCAAGUUGGCAGAUGCCCUCAAUUCCUUGGAAGAUGUUACUUGCAAUCCUGCUCAAGGAGCCUUGUAUCUCUUCCCUCAAAUCAAAUUGCCAGACAACGCUAUUGAGGCUGCCAAGAAGGCAGGCAAGGCUCCUGAUGACUUUUAUGCCUUGGAAUUGUUGGCUGCUACUGGAGUGUGCGUGGUGUCGGGUUCUGGUUUUGGACAGAAGGCUGGUACAUGGCACUUCCGUUCAACCUUCCUGCCACCUGAAGCUUCAUUUGAUGAAUUUAUUCAACUCAAACUAUCAGACACUAAUGAGAUGAACACUCAGGAAACAGUACCAGCUCCAUUGGCGCCCUUGUCCAAAAGGGCUUCUCGUCGUAAAGCUCUUGAAGAGCUCCAUGCAUCGCCUCUUCCCAUUCGCCCAAAAUCAACAUUAUCUUGGUGGUCGCCAGCUUCAUGGCGGUGGUUGAUGCCAUCAUUUUCUACUAUGAAUGCGUCUAAUGAUCACAAUAAAGUAUCGAAAUUUCAAGGAAGUCUGCUCGGGAUGGGUGUUUGGAUCACAUCAGAUACACGUCAACUAUGGACUGAUGGAUUCUUUGGAAAAGGAACACUAUCACGAUCAGAACCGCUAUACGGCAAUGAGGAUUUUCGUAUGGGAAUAAUGAAACGGAAAGCUGCUGGUCGUUUGGGUCCUGUUGAUGAAGCCGAGAAUGAAAACACGACUGAAAAGCUUGGCUAUAAUCCUGAAAGGGUGCAGCUGUCGCCUUAUGAGAGUGUGUUUUUGUUGUGGGCGUUAGAUUGUUUGGAGAUUAGGGAUUAUGAUGGGACGGAAAUGACUGCGAGAUCCUUGUGGCGGUACAUGAUGUCUCAAUCUAGACUGUAUGCUACACAGCCAGACACCCUCUAUGAAGGCUUGCCUCUGUCUGAAUGGGGAUUUAUGGCUCGCUAUGUUGUGUAUCACACUUUUCGAGCUCGAGGCUGGGUUACUUGGUCUGGAAUCAAAUUUGGUGUCGAUUUUGUUGCAUAUAGGCGUGGUCCAGUAUUCUCUCAUUCAGAAUAUGCACUAGUAGUACUUCCAGUAGUCAAAAAUCAGCUCAUAGGCUUCUCGCAAGACCUGAAAUGGUAUUUGGGAGUGAAUCGUGUUUGCGCUCAAGUCAAAAAGAGCGUUGUAUUAUGUUAUGUACAUUUCGAGGACGAAUUCACUGUAUCUGAUUCUCAACACCCUUUGGACGCUCUGAAAAAGACUAGAAUAUCUGAAGUGACAAUACGCCGGUUUAUACCAGAACGGAGCAGGGAUUGA